GAAAACAGUUUGGCGGUGGUAGUUUGAAUUACCAAAAUCGGAAGUUGUGUGUUUUAUUACAAAAAGUGAAAUUCCUGAAAUUUUAAGUAAAAUUUUUUGAAUUCUGCUUUGCUAUGGCAGAUAGUGCAAUUUGUGUUGCUGUUAGAUCUCGUCCAUUACUCAAGAAUGAAGCUCAGUCUUCUGAUACUUUGAGUUUUGAGGGUAAUUCAACUGUGCAUUUGCAAAAGAAGACCUAUACAUUUGAUUAUGUUUUUCGUCCUGGAGUAACAAAUGAAACAGUUUAUAAUGCUGUAGUUGCAGAAAAAAUUCGUCCUAUAUUUGAAGGUUACAAUGUGACAAUUUUAGCUUAUGGACCUACUGGAUCAGGAAAAACUUAUACUAUGGGUACAGAUUAUAAUCCUAAAACAACUUCAAAUCCAGAUAUAGGUAUUAUUCCUCGAGGUAUUUCAGAAAUAUUUCGAGUAAUAGAAUCUCAGAAAGAUUCAAUAGACUUUUCAGUAAAAGUUUCCUUCCUUGAGCUAUACAGAGAAGAAAUAUUUGAUCUACUUCAGAAGACAAAAACUGCAUGCAGCUUACGAGAGGAUGCUGAAGGUAUACGAGUAGUUAAUUUGACUGAAGUACCUGUUGAAUCUGUCGAAGAAGCAUUUGUUACAUUGGAAAAGGGCUCUAAUUUGAGGCAUACCAGUGCAACAGCCAAAAAUUUAAAGUCAUCUCGUUCACAUGCUAUUUUUUCAGUAUAUAUUGAGCAAACAGAUAAAAGAACCUUCAACUUUAAACGUUCUAAAUUCCAACUGGUUGAUCUGGCUGGAUCUGAACGUAUGAGUUCCAGUAAAACUGCUGGUCUACAAGUCAAGGAAGGAAUCAAUAUAAACUUGGGCUUAUUAUCUCUUGGAAAAGUUAUCACUCACUUGAUUGAAGAGAAACAACAUAUACCAUACCGUGACUCAAAACUAACAAGGUUGCUGCAAGAUUCUCUUGGAGGAAACAGUCACACUGUAAUGAUUGCAUGUGUUAAUCCAUCAGCCACAAGUACUGAGGAGACAUUAAGUACUUUGAGAUAUGCAAGCAAUACUCGUCGUAUUAAAAAUCGUCCUGUUGUUAAUGUUGAUCCACCUGCUGUGCAGAUUGAAAAAUUAAAAAAACAGGUUGAAGCCUUACAGACUGCUUUAUAUGAAUUUCAAAGUAGAAAUGGUUCUGCCACCUACAUGCCUAGUUUACCUGGUGAUGGAAAAGCAUCAAAAGCAGAAGAGCUGCAAGUAGAAUUACAUGAUGCUUUUUCCAGAAUCUCUAAUCUGGUUGAUAGAAUUACUAAGCUUGAAGAUAAAGGUGGUGUCAUUCUUGACAAUAUACAAUCUUUGUAUGAAAAGAUAAAAUUGCUUGUUACUGAGAUGACUGCAGCAGCAGAUCCAACUUUAAAAGACCAUCUUGUAAAAUUAGAAGAAAUUCAGUCUCAUUGCUUUCAAUUGAUGAUUUCAGCAAAUGUAACAAAUUUCGAAUAUGAUGAAAGUGUGCAAUCUGCAGAAGCACAGAGUAGUAGCUUAGAAGAAAGUGAGGAAUCAGAAAAUCUGAAUCCAGCAUCUGAGCUUGAAUUAAAAACUCUUGAAGAAAUGAAUGAUAAACAAAAAGCUCGCAGUGAAAAUUUGGAAAGUAUUAAUCGAACUUUGAAUAUGAAAUAUGACCAAGUUAAAAACAUGGCCGCUUUCUUCCAAAAUUAUGAAACCACUGUAAAUGAAGAUUACAUAAAUACUUUGAUCAACCAAAUCCAAGAGUUAGUUCAAGAGAAAAAUAAGCUGCAAGAACAUAUGAAAGUCGCGGAAGAAAGAGUUCGGACUGAAAGCCAGCAAAAAAUUGAAAAUUAUGAGAAACAGAUUUCUACUUUACAGAUGGAGUUACGGAGAAAGAAAGUUGUGCUUCAAGCUAAAGAAGAGAAUCAGGCUAAAAUCAAUCAGCUCUUAAAAGAAAUAAAUGACUUGAAAAGAGCCAAGGUACAGUUGGUGAAACAGAUGAAACAAGACUGCAAUAAAUAUUUACAAAAACAGCGAGAAAAAGAAAGGGAAGUUGCAAAAUUAGUGCGAGAAGGAAGACGUAAAGAACAUGAGCUUGUGAAAAUGAAAAAUAAGUUUGAAAGAGAAGUGAAUGUUUUAAAACAGAAAAUUGAUCGAGUUACUUCUGCUAAAAACAGGGAGAUGAAAAAAAAUGCCAAAAAUGGAGUCAUUAAAUCAAGAACAUCUAUUCCCCAAGAAAAUAUAGAGGAAUGGAUUAUUGAAGAAUUAAAAAAUAAAAUUAAUGAAGAAUUGGCUAAACGUCAGUGUGAAACUUUAGAAAAAGAAUCGGAAUCUCUGAAGCAGCAGAUUAAAAGUAUGGAGGAACUUUCAGAGUCUGAUGCAGAGGCUACUAGCACUAAUGGGCCAGAUAUCAAUUCACAGAAAGCUUUAGUUGAAAUAAUAGAUAAACGAAUUGCCGAAAUCAAGGAAUCUGUUAAAGCUGAAAAUGGCAAGACUUGCCCUAUUUUGGGGUCAUUAAAUUCUAUGGGCCAAGCCAAAGCUGCUAUAGAAACUUUAUUUAAAAAAUGUGUAUCUGAAGCAGUGGAAACGGAAAUUCUGCAAGUAAACUAUCAAGAACAAUUAAAGAAAGAACAGUCCAAUGAGGCCCUUCAUGCAGAAAAAAUCAGUUCCUUGGAACAUGAUAUUGAAAAGUUAAAUAAAAAAAUUGACUCAAACAAGCUUGAACAGGAACAGGAAAAAGCAGCACUAAAGUAUGAAUAUGAUAUUAAGAUAAUGCACUUGCUCGCAGAAUUUCAAGUAGCUAUAAAAUCUGCUGUAGGCUCUGAAGCUGAUCCAGCUUUAAUGGAACGGGUUGAAGCUCAGGAAAGGGAAAUACAGAGGCUUCAGUAUAUCCAUCAAGAUUACGAUCAUAAGUGUAAAGAAGUUGCAAUGCUUCAACAACAAUUAUUUCAAGCAAAAAAGGGGAAGAAAGCUACAUGGUUAGGAAAUAUAACUCAGUCUGUUAUUCAUUCAUCAGCAUCUACAUCUCCUGAAGAUAAGCCCCCGAGUAUGUUAGAAGAAUUCUUGAGUGACUCAGCUGAUGAAUCUUUUGGAAAUGAUGAAAACGACCCUGACUGGCGAUUAACACCUGCAUAUAAGAGACAGAAAGAAUUAAGAGCUAGAAAAGAGGCAAGAAAGAGGCGUCAUCCUGAAGAGCCAUCCCAAUCUGGUGAUACUUCAGAUACUUCUUCUCCUAAAAAGAAAAGUAGCAUCUGUCGUUGCCGAACUGAUUGCAAAUCAAUGCGCUGUGUCUGUCGGAAGCAUCAUGUUAAGUGUAAUGAUCAAUGUGGUUGUAGUAAAGAAAGUUGCUUAAACAUAGAAAAAAUUGAAGCUACUCUUGGUGAAGAAUCCUUAGUGAUUACAGAUGUCAAACAACUUUCUUUUACAGAUUAAAAAGGCACUGUUUUGCUAAAGAACCAUCGACAGAUAUUUCUGUGAAAUUUUAACCUUUUCUAUGUUGUGGUAUUUAUAUCAUUUUGUAUUUUCGUUUGUUUAUAAUUUUUUGUAUAAAGUGUGUAUUUCACUUUUAUAACGAAAGUAACGAAAAAAUAAGAAUGUGUAUCAUCAUAUAUAUCAUGCAUUAUGUCACAUUCAGGAUUAAAAUGUGUCACCUGGUACUUUUACUGUUUCUCUGUAAUUAAGCAUGUGUA